AUGGGCGCUGAUAAUGUCGCGAAACGUGCACUAUUGACCGGCAGCUUUCUGCUUUUCUCUUCAACUGUGGCGUUGUUCUGCCUGGAGCGGAAACGUUAUCGGCGUCAGCGAUUGACUUACAAGAAAUUGUCGAAAUCAUCUGAUCUUGGGGCAUCUUUUGGUUUGGAUAUUGGGGGGACACUGGCUAAGAUCGUGUACUUUGAGCGCUUUGAGGAUGGGAAUGAUAAGCGCAAACGGCCUCGCUCGGCUUCGCUGGACGUUGCAGCUCGUGAAAUGAAGAAAUUCCUGCGUGAGAAUCGGUCCUUUGGUACGACGGGAGUGCAGGAUGUACGACUGAGGACGUACUCUAAGACAUUAAAUGGGGUCUUUUAUUUUGUGCGAUUUGAUAGUAACAAGACACGAGAAGCAGUUGAAUUUAUUGCAAACAAUGGCAUUAAUCAGUCGCUGCGUCGUCUGCCCUGUACGGGUGGUGGGGCUCAUAAGUAUGGACCUGCAUUUAAUGAGAUUGCUGGGAUAGAGUUGGAAAAAUAUGACGAGAUCAACUGCACUAUUUUGGGGCUGCAUCUUUUACUUACGACACUAUUGGAUGAAAUGUACACUUUUGAGGUUGUUGAUUUUGACUCUUUAGCCGCAUCACGGGCGAAAAUAAUCCCAUCGGAUGCAGACGACAGUGUGUAUCCGUAUUUGCUUGUCAGUAUCGGGUCUGGUGUUAGUGUCCUGUAUGUAAAGGGACCUGAAGAUUAUGAGCGUGUAAGCGGCAGCAGCAUUGGCGGGGGCACCUAUUGGGGUCUUUGUCGUCUGCUGACUCACUGCGAGUCGUAUGAUGAAGCGUUGGAUUUGUGCGUUCAUGGCUCCAAUGAAACAGUCGACAUGAGCGUGGGAGAUAUCUAUGGUGGAGCAUACGAUAAGUUUAAGUUACCGGCAUCGACAGUUGCCAGCAGUUUUGGCAAAAUGAUCUCGGUAUCUCGCGAAAGUGUGAGUGAUGCUGAUCUUGCUCGAUCACUAUUGGUUAUGAUCACCCAAAAUAUUGGUCAGGUAGCCUUCCUGAACGCAACUUUGUACAAGACCAAAAACAUUUUCUUUGUUGGAAACUUUCUAAGGCACAACAAAAUUUCAUCAAGGACACUGGCGUAUGCAAUUAAUUUCUGGUCAAACGGGGCAAUGGAAGCGCGCUUUUGCAAGCACGAAGGUUAUCUUGGGGCUCUUGGAGCAUUCUUGCGGCAUGCCGAGGCGACUAAUGCUCACGGUAAAGAGUUUGUGUCAGCUACACGACGGUCGCACCCAUUGUCUUAA